AUGGAUUCAUCCACUUUCGCAAACUCGCAGCGAGCGGCCGAGCUCUCCUCUGAGGCCAAUACAGGCUGCGUGGCUUCUGCUUUCGAUGUCACCAUCACCAAACAGAUCUAUAAUUUGGGUUAUAUCGGCUAUUCGAUGGCGAAGAAGUCCAUCGCAGUCGUCAUGAGAGGAUCGACCACGGCCACGGAUAUCCUCAACGACGUCGACACCAUCCAGGUCACCACGACCCUGGCUGGCGUUAGCUUGCCCUCCAGCGUCACCAUCAUGAACGGCGUGUACAGAUCCUGGGCCGCCGUCACGACGAAGUCAUCGCCGAUGACACUCGCUUGGUGGAGCCCUGACGCACGUAGAUGUCUUGUAUCGCUUUGGCGCAGAAGUUCCCAACUACGUCGCUCAGAAGCCAUGCGCUCGCGGCAUUUCCAAUUGGCAACCAGGCAUUUGCCGACUUUGGCACUACGCAGAACGGGAACGCGGAUUCGGGGAAACAAUGCGAAUGAUGGUGUUCCUAAUAUGUAUGUCACGACGCCGUAUAACUUUGCUCAUUAUGGAAUUUACUUUGGCCACUACAAAUGCUCUGGCGAGAGGGAUCCGCAGGGUGUGGAGUCUAGAUUCAUCUCAAGCGAUGUUGCGCUGUACAGAGCGCUUUGUCGCUUCACGGCGGAGGUAUUCGCUGGCUGGAAGAAUGAAGAUAGGGUACAUGGUUGUGAGGAGCAAGAGGGCGUGUUUCGCUUUGAUCUGAUCUGA